GUAUUGCUCACAGGGACCUGAAGCCUGAAAACAUCCUGUGUGAAUCUCCAGAAAAGGUAUCACCAGUAAAAAUCUGUGACUUCGAUCUUGGUAGUGGGGUGAAGCUGAACAGUGCGUGUACACCAAUAACUACUCCCGAAUUAACAACGCCGUGUGGGUCUGCAGAAUACAUGGCACCCGAGGUGGUUGAAGUCUUCACGGAGGAGGCCACGUUCUACGAUAAGCGGUGUGAUCUCUGGAGCCUGGGAGUGAUUCUGUACAUCAUGCUCAGUGGUUACCCUCCUUUUGUGGGCAACUGUGGCACAGACUGCGGCUGGGACAGAGGAGAGGUCUGCAGAGUUUGCCAGAACAAGCUUUUUGAGAGCAUUCAGGAAGGCAAGUAUGAAUUUCCUGACAAGGACUGGUCGCACAUAUCCUCUGAGGCCAAAGAUCUCAUCUCAAAGUUGCUGGUUCGUGACGCCAAAGAACGACUUAGUGCUGCUCAAGUUUUGCAACAUUCAUGGGUUCAAGGACAGGCUCCUGAACGGGGAUUACCUACUCCUCAAGUUCUUCAAAGGAACAGUAGCACCAAAGACCUGACGCUUUUUGCUGCUGAGGCUAUAGCCCUCAACCGCCAGCUGUCUCAGCACGAGAACGAGCUCAGCGUGGAGCAGGAGAACGUUGCCCAUGCUGUGUGCUCCAUGAAGCUUUCUCCUCCAUCCAAGUCCCGCCUUGCCAAGCGCAGAGCAAUGACACAUGCCACCAAAACUGGCGACUUUCAGCCAGUUCCCCAUAAAGCCUUUUAA